UCCAGACUCCAAAUUAGCCACGCCCACACAAACCCCAGCCGUCGCAAACUCUGUCGUAAAUGACGAAGCAUGUCGCAAUUGCGGGCUGACUAUGCCCAUCACCAGACUUGUCUCACACGAGCGGCACUGUAAGAACAACACGUAUUCGUGUCCCACGUGUGAUGUCAAGCUGCCCCUAGACAGCCGAGAAUGGCACGAAGUCUUCAUGCACACACGCACAACGUGUGUGUGCAGCGCAGAGCUCACACAUCACGCUUUGCUGAACGCGCACGUGCGCAUGGAGUGCUCAAAGAGGAUGAUCCAAUGUUCCAAUCUGGGUUGUCUGUUGUUAACCCCAGCGUACCGUCACACCGAGCAUCUGCGCGAGUGUGGGUCGGUCACCAUCGCAUGUCCUAUCUGUAUAGAGAACGUCUGCAGAUCAGCAGCCGUAUUCCAUUUCGAGGCCAUGCACGGCAUUCAGGCGGAGCAACUACGAAGUGGCGUGCCACUCGAAGAUCAAGUGGCCGCCCUUAUUGCAGCAGGGAAGGUGUAUGAUUUCUAAGAGAUGCUCGGUGUAGCAUACGCACCACGCUCUCUGCAGUACAAUAGAUGUAAUAGUGCGAAAGUAUGUUUCGUAAGAUUCGGGUUACUCGGUGCGUCGUGGGGGAAACUCGACUUUGCACGGUUUCGGCAUUUGACCUUUAGAGUCCACAAACUGUAUUCGAGGCCCUGCAAAAUGGACUCAAUGAGAGGUUCGAACCUAAAUUGCGUUAAAUAUAGGAAAACCCUAAAUUGCAACCCGAUUUUGGGACAUGUAAUGCGCUUUGACUUAUAAAAAAGGUGCUAUCAAAC